AAAACAGCAGAUACUAGUUGAAUAAAAACAAUUUAGACCCUAUUAAAGCAUGAUGAGCAAGAGGGGUUAAAGCACAGCAUUAGAAGCAAGCGAAUGUGUUAGCGACCCAUCUGCCGCGACUGGAGCGCAAGGUGCACAGUGUCAGUUCCCGCAGUGCCGGCGGCCCAUAUACUGCAUAUAAAUACAUGUUAUUGCUUUCACUGGUUCAGAUGAGAUCUCUGUUCUUCCAGAGCACCUGAUGGCAUAUUGUCUCCAGACACAGCGAGAUGCACGUCCUCCCACUGCUGCAAGAUCGCACUCUGUGUGUGUCUGGAUCUGUGCAAGGGCAGAAAGAUGAGCUUUUUCUUUCCAACAGAGCUGAACGUAUAAACACACCAAGUGCUGAAUCAAUGCUGUCACGUCCCUAGCCCCUUCAUUAGCAACAGGCACAAUGAUGUAGAGCAGCCUGGCACCAGCAGGUGAUUGGGGAUUUCGAUAAGUUCCAUAGAAGGCUGUUGCUGCUGGUGAUAUGCAUGUGCCUUUCCAAGUCAUUUCUCCCCUUCCUUUACCCUCCUCUGCCUCCACCUCCUCAGCUCCUUCUUGAUCUUCUCCCCAUACAGCUCAGAGCUGCCAAUGCGCCAGGAUAGAGCGAUCUCGGUGCCGGGGAUGACGCAGAAGAGCGAGCUCCCCCCAAAAAGUGUUCCAGGACGAAGAUGGCGGCAACUUAGCACAGGACCAAGAUGACUGUGGCCAUCAGGAGGCAAAACCCAGGGUAUUCCGCCCAGUUCGCGAAAGAAAAGACGCCAGGCUGAAGCCUGUCGCCAGUGCGAUCUGUUGAAAUCGUUCUGCGGCUCGUCAGCCAGAGCAAGGGGGAGGCUGAUGAAAGUGCUUUGCGGGAAAGGAGCGGUUUCAGCAGGAGGAAGGGAAAAGACAUGCAGUCAGUGGGAGCGCUAUGGAUAACCGCGAUCUGACAAUGCCUGCUGCUGGCUUCAACUCUUCCUGUGCCCCAUUACUUGGAUGGAUCUAGCUCGGAUGAGCAUCAGCACUGCGAGAAGUCCAAUCCUGCCGUAGGGAAGCGCUGUGCCAAGCGCAAAGGAAGCCAAGGUAACCAGGGAGAAGCCAACCUACCCCCAAGUCAAUGAAUAUUGUGGUGACCCUGACAAAGGAGCCCUCACGGUGGAGUCAGCCACAGCAGCGCCUUCCCAAAAUAUGACCAAGGGUGCUUGGAUGUGUCGGCAGUAUGAUGACAGCUUAAAAAUCUGGUUUGCACCCCGGGAGAACGAAAAACCUUUUACUGAUUCAGAGAGGGCUCAGAAAUGGCGACUGUCUUUAGCAUCUCUCUUGUUUUUCACAGUCCUGCUUUCUGAUCAUUUGUGGUUCUGUGCUGAGGCCACAUUGACAAGGACCAGAGACAAAGAGCAGGACACCGUAGUGUUACCCAGUAUGGCUCAUCAAUUCCCAUCAGUGGAAGGACAUUCACUUUCACCUACCCUUCAAUCAUCUCAAAAGAGCCUCAGAAAAGGCAAAAAAGCUAUUUUUCUAGGAAAUUCUACCAAACCUUUGUGGCUAUUAGAAGCGUCUUACCCACAUAGUCCAUUUGGUCAAUGUUUUAGUGUCGAUGAUGCAGAAUCUGUCUGUAGGAACCUGAGUGAGGGGGCAAGGAAUAAGCCCACUCACUUCAACAUGAGUAAUUUUUACCUACCGUUUUGUAAUUCCUAUACACUUUCGGAUUUGUUUUUUGGAUUCUCAAAUCCGGACACAUUCAACUGUAGUGGGGAUGUGGUGGAGAAAGGGGAUGUAGCUGGGUGCAGGCAAUGCGUCCAAGCCUACCAACUAUACGACCAGCACGCUCAGGAGAAAUAUGAGGAGUUUGAGGUUUUGCUACAGAAAUAUUUGCAAUCGGACGAGUAUUCUGUAAGAUCCUGCUCUGAAGAAUGCAAGGCUGUCUAUAAGUCCUGGCUAUGCUCUCAGUAUUUUGAAGUCACCCAGUCAGAAUGCAGUAGCAAAAUCCCAUGCAAGCAAUACUGUUUGGAGGUACAAAAAAGAUGUCCCUUUAUCUUACCAGAUAAUGAUGAUGUUGUCUAUGGAGGCCUAUCAAGUUUCAUAUGUACAGGGCUGUAUGAAAAUUUUCCAACCAAUGCAGAACCAGAAUGCUGUGAUGUCAGAUGGGAAUUAUUAGCAGACGAGCAAUCCAAAGGGACUAAAAAACCAUAUGACUCUUCGUUUCGUCACAGGACACCCACAGCUUCAUCAGCAUCCAGACUGUGUAACAGCAGACUUAAACUGUGUGUUCUUGUACUGAUACUCUUACAUACAGUACUAACAGUUUCAGCAGCACAAAACUCAACAGCACCGGGUUUUGGAAGCAUAAUACUGGAAGACAAUUCAACAAAUGAGGAAUAGGGGAAAAAAGGAUUUACUUAAACAAAAUAUAUAUACACAAUUGGCCCACUCCAGAAAGUUACCACAGUCAAUGGCAAAAGAAGCGAGGUGUUUGUACCUUAUAACCAAUUUUCUCAUGGCAUUCUGGAUACAGCUGAAAUAUUUGGGCCUCAUUCCAAAUUUUAAGGACACAAAGGAACAGCUUUUUAUUGACUAAAAGGCUGUAUGAUGACUUUAAAUUUCUCACUCCAUUUUAUACGCUGUGUUUUAACGUCUGGAUUUUUUUUCUUUGUUUGAUUUUGCUCUUGUUAAUACAGGAAUUAUUUUUGGAAAGGUUUCGGAAAGCUAAACCUUUUCACUGUCUAUAUAUUUCUAGCCAUUCUAUGUAUUCAUCUGAUAACAUUGUCUUUUUUUGUCUUGUUAGUUUCUACUCUUUGGGAAAUGAAUGCUGUGAAUACAUCCAUAGCAAACAAAACUGAAAGUUACUGUCCAUUUUUUUUUCAUCAAACCAUUCUUUUACUCAUCUCCCCAAAGCAAAAAUAAAACAAACAUCUGCUUGGUUCUGUCUGUGUAAUCACAAUGAAUGGGUGCACACUACUGUGGUGUGCCUCUGCCACUGUUGCACAAAUCAGCUGACUGAGUAAAACCAAUAGCAGGGAGGGGGGCUAAUUGUCGUCAAAGUACAAUUCCUGCCAUCCUCAGCCAGCCAUUACUGUUUUCUUCUUAAUAGGGUUGGAAUUAUAAAUUGGUUACAGCUAGGUCACAUGUCCCCUACAUCUACCCUUCAGACUACUGUUGGGAGAGGGUCAUUAAUCUAAUACAUUGAUAAAUAAAUCUCUCCUAAGAGAGUUGGACAGUUACCCAGUUUUUACAUGAAUCUAUAACAAACUGUGUUGCUCCAGUUCCCAUUUAAAAUGUCCAGUCUUUAACUGGUCAGUUGAACAGGAGCAGCCUUUAGGAUUCAGUAUGUGGAACCAGUUGAGCUCAGUGAGUAAAAUGGUUGAUGACCUUCACAUUGGAGGUAAAGUGUUGGCAUUCAUUGUGAAUUACGUUUUAAUUUCUGCUGCAGUCACCUUUUAACCAGCUUAUAAUGACAUACUGAAGUGGAAUGUUUGUAAAGCAGGUUCAGAAAUGGGGUUUAGACUUUUCAAAUAUAUUUUUUUAGUCAAUGAAAACAGCAAGUACCAUGCAUCUAAGUCUGAUAAAAGUGUGUUUUUAUAGAAUGAAUUAUUUUGUAAAUGUGCAAUUCUUCUCAGCUAUGUCCUUUGUUCGAUCCAGUCCAACAUCACCAAAAUGACUGAUCGCCAUAAAGCUUUAGAAGGACAUUAGUAAUACAUGGAGUUAGACUCCUUACACAUACUUGUGUAGAUUUUAUUUAUGUUUAUCUUCAGUAUGGGUGCUGUUCAGUGCAUUAGAGCACACUGCUAUGGAGCUUGAUACAAAAGCAAGUUUCAUCACAGUAAAUUCAUUGGUAUCAGUAUGAGAUCCUGCAUGCUCAUCAUGAUAUACUGGUAAAAUGGUGAAUGUUUUGACGAAUGCCAUCCAUGAUCCUUUUUUGCAUUCAACUGUGAAUCCUUUUUCAUUCACAAUUCAAGAAAUCAUGGGAUUCUACCACAUGAAGGUAUUAUGGAUUAAGAGCAUGUCAUCUUCAUGUGAAAAUGAAAAAUUGUACAAAAUAUUGGAUUUUUAAAAUCAAUACAAAAUAAUUAUUUAUAUGGUAAAUCCUCCAUUAAUAUAGGUAUUAAUACUUUUAGUUCAUAUAUUUUUAAGCUGGGGACAUGUCAUUUUACCCCCAAGAGAAGGUGAUUUUGUUUUCUUUGUUAUAGUUUACAGUAAACUCUAUGGAAGGAAAAGUUAUAAGGGCUGUUAAAAAAAAACAAAAAAUAAAAACAUUCCUUCCUGUUCUAGAAAUUGCACUUCAGAGAUGUUUGUAGCCGACAUAUGAAGAAAUUCCAAGGGAAUGUUUUCUAAGCAAACUAAUAUGGUGUGGCCACUUCAUUACAGCAAGGUCACCUUUUUAUAUGGUUAGUUAUUGUCAUUUAGUCCUGGUAUGUCUAUUAUGUGGUCCUCCAUGUGUUGUCAAAUGCAGCUCCUAGCAGUCUCAGGAGUCCUCCACUCUAUUAGAAUGCUUGCUGUUGCAGAUGGACAGCUGGACAACCCCAUAUUGGGCAUCCCUGGUCUAGCCUCUUUGUCAUGUAAUACCAGAAAAACAUUUAAAAGUAUUUAUACUAUGCAUUUUUCACAUGAAAAAGUCUUCUCCUGAAUUUUUAUCAGAAAAGACACGUUUAAAUGUGAUUCUGGAGGUAACUGUAUAUAUAUUGAUGCAAUAGGAAGAAAAUGCACCAGUAAAAAAAGAGAAAUGUUCUUUUGUUUACUUCUGUUCUAUUAUCCAUCACUGAUUUCAAGACCAUUUUUUUUAGACAUGAACAUGGUGCUUUUUCUUGGGGUGGGCAGAUUGUGACUUUAUUUAAUCUCUGCAAAAAGAUUUGUAGAACGAAAAAAUAAAAAUAUAAAAAGCCUUAAAUAAUGCUAGAAUGUAGAUCUUUAGUAGAUAGUGUAUUUAAAUAUAGUGGAGCAAUAACUGGGUAGUACUUUAGUACUGUAGAAAAGAGUCAGGACAGGGCGCUGUACAAAAAGCACUUACUAGGUGAGCUCUUGUUCAACUGAUCUACUAUUUAAGUGUUUAUGGUCAGUAAACAGUUUGUUAUAACCUUUAUCUACCUCUGCUGGGCAAAGGCCAUUCAACAUUUUUUUUUUGAGUGAUGUGUUGUGUAUAUUUUGUGUCAUACCAAAUCCAUGCUCAUCUACCUUUUUACAUAAUACACCUUUACAGUAGCACGGAUCUUCGAAACCAUAUGAAGACAGUGGUUCUUUGCAUUCUCAGAAUAAUUCAAUAAUAUUUUUGGAUACUCUUGAGCUGCUGUAUACCCUGACGUUGUCACUGGUAAAUAAAACUGUUUAUUUUAUUCCUUGCUUCUGUUUUGACGUACAAAUAAUGUUCAGUAAUUUAGCUGAAAGCUGCAUAAUCCUAUAUGUUGUAAACAGGUGAACACCCCUCUCUGAAAAGGAAGCAUAGAAUGUGUACAUUCUGUGACAGUACUGAUAUGAUGUUGAAAAGAAAAGUUCAGUUCAAUCAAACUCUUAUGCUUUUUGUGGGGUCAGGACAUAAGUGAACUUCAGCUUGCCUUGUGAAACCUGACUACGUAAUAUUACCUAACUGGCCAUAUGGCAGCUACCUUUCACAACGGUGACCUAGAACUGUUUUCCAAACAUAUAUAUAAGUGGAAAAAAAACACUUCUAAAUUUUAAAAACAAUAUUGAUAUGUUUCAUCUAGUUUUAUAAGUUCAUCAUUAUCUUCUCUAGGGAGCUUAAACCAUGUUAUUUUUGAAACCUGAGGCAUAGGGAUAUGAAAUGCUUUGGCCAAGGUCUCAAGACACUCACACUGAAGUCACACCCCUAUGUCCUUUCCACUGUGCCGCAAUUUGUAUUGCCUUACAUUUCAGUAUCCUAAGAUCACAAUAGUGAUAGGCAGACCUAUGUAUACUGUAUGUAUUUGCUCAAUUUGUAUUGGUAGAAUACUACAUUUUUGUAUUUGUUUUCCAAAUUUUACAUUUCAUUCAAGAAGAAAUCAAUCACUUGUGAAAAAUAAUAUGUAUUACAUACAGGAGCAAGAAGUAAUUACAGUCUUACUUACCAAUCAGGUAUUGUCAUUGCUAGUCUAUUGCCUAUUUAUGUCUGACUGACCUUCCCUUAUGUAACCUUAAUGCAGUUUUUAAUUGUAUGUUCUUUUUCUUUUUUUUGUUCAUUUUGUCUUGGUUUCCUUUAUAAAAUGUAUUUUUCUUUUAUAUGAGAUUAAGGGAUGGCUACUACUGUAUAAAGUGUUAUCUUUAUCAACACAGUACUUCCAGUUUAGCAGUGUGGUAUGCAUCUCCCAUUUGGAGACAGAUAUAAAACUGCAAGCAGACAAAAACAUGCAUUGGAACUGAAACACAGUAAUCAUGUAUGAUGCAGACUUCAUCCCAUCCCUUUGCCAUCAGUAAUAGUUUUAAAGCACAGAUUUGAGCAUGCUUGUGUUGUGUGCAUCUUACUUUGCCAGAAUGAAUUUGCAUCUUGCCACCAUUGUAACUUCCAUCUUUUCUCCACUCCCCCAUUCUGUAUGCCAAUACAUACAUGAUUAAAAAUGUCAAAAAAAUCAAAAUACAAAAUAAUAUUUCUGCAAGUCCAAA